CGAAGCAUGAAGCCCUUUUACAUUUGGACCUUGGCAUCCUUUCCUUCGCCAGCACUCCUAUUACAUUCCAUUGCUCUGUGCCUGACUGCAAAAUUUUGCUUCAGCCAUGUCACACACUGCUGUACAAGGAAGUAUGGGUAGUCGCUAUGCCACAGGAUUGAGCUCCCACAGAAUAUAUCUGUUUGAGUAUGAGAAUUUCCAAGGGCGCAUGAUGGAGCUGAGUGGAGAGUGUCGUAACAUCUGUAACAAGGGGUUAAACCGUGUGGGCUCCAUCAGAGUGGAGUGUGGGCCAUGGGUAGGUUUUGAGCAACAGGAUAUGACCGGUGAGAUGUUCAUGCUUGAGAGGGGCGAAUACCCACGCUGGGACACUUGGUCCAACAGCUACCGUUGUGAUCGUCUCAUGUCUGUCCGGCCCGUUAGAAUGGACCCACAGGACCAUAGGAUCUGUCUGUAUGAAUGCAUGCACUUUGAUGGUCGUAAGAUGGAGGUUUCUGAAGAAGACAUCCCAAGUUUGUGCUGCUAUGGCUUCCAGGACAGAGUCGCCAGCAUUAAAGUAAAUGGUGGAACGUGGGUUGGAUAUCAGUAUCCAGGCUACCGUGGAUACCAGUACCUGUUUGAAUUUGGAUCCUACAAACACUGGAAUGAAUGGGGCGCCCAUCACCCCCAGAUCCAGUCUGUGCGAAGAGUGAGGGACAUGCACACGCAUCCCAGAGGCUGCUUCGAGAUGGCAUAAGGAACGGCACACGGCAUGGACAGGUGGACACAACAAAACCCUGCAGAGAAACCCUGUGGAAUGUUAAAAAAAAAAAAUCUUCAUAUUCAAAAAGAGCUGCUCUAAAUAGGAAUGAACUAUCAUGUGUUCAUGUGUGUCAUGACUGGUUGCAGAACCAGUUUUAAGUACAGCAUUUUACAUCCAACCGCUUAGUUAAAAAUAAGUUUAGCAAAUGGAUAAAACAAUUUUAUGUCCCAAAUGUAAUGCUUGUUGAAGAAUUCAUCAGUUUUGUUUGAUAGUUUUGCAUCAUUGCAUGUUUUUUGCUCUACCCAAACCUCCUAGCAUACCAUCCACAAAUGACCUAAAGACUUAAUCAGAAUCUAUUUCUAAUUUAGCUGCUAAACCCUGCAGGGAAUAGUCAUUGAACCAGAAGGAGGUGCAAUUCAGCACCUCAGCAUACUCAACCUUCUCCUGCUUCAUCACAGCACAUGAUCUAGAAGCUCAACCAGUAUCGUGAUGAUCAAGGUUCUCAACAUGGCAGGCUGGAUGGGAAGAGAAGAACUGCUUUUCUUCCUCUUGUUCCUGGUACAGAUUUCAGACAUCCUUUAUUUUCUAAAUAGAGGAGAACCUGCAACACUUUAUCUUCCUCAGGGAUGCUGGCAUCUAAAACACAUUUACUUGAAAAUAAAUAAACAAAAAUAAAAGAUUUUAAA